AUGAACGCGUAUGAGACGUGUUCGCAGGCUCGUUUUUUAAUCGAACUGAACAUGUUCCUGAUACUUAUUAUUGUACUGGAUGCCCAAUUGAGGUGUCUUGUCAAAUAUUUGUCUGAUACGAUAAAAAUAAAAGUGUAUAAACAAAGCACUUUAAAAACAAACAGAACUAAGUCGAUACAUGAAUUAAGUACAACAAUUGUUAAGGAUUGGUUGACUAUCUAUCGCCAUUUACGGACAAGUUGCAAGAAUAUAAAUAAAUGUUUUGGAACACAGAUAAUGUUUUCGUUCAUGAUGGCUUCAAUAAAUAGUAUAAUAAUAUGCUACCGUCUUAUUACCAUUGUAGUUAAAAAGACCCAAUAUCGUUAUUUAAGUGGUACAAAUAUGUCACUGACGUUAUGUUAUUACGCUGUAGUAAUAUUACCCAUUAUGUACCACGGACAGAAAUUGGCCAACCGAAUGACAUUAUUAAUAACUUCUUUGGCGAGGUUACACAACACUUUGUUAAUAAACUUUAUCGUAGCCAUGAUUUACUAUAUAACCAUAUGUUAUCGUUUCAUCAACGUUUUAGUAAAAAGGGUUGUCUACCCCAAUUUCGGUGCAAUGCAAAUGAUGGCUCUAAUAUUUUAUUACACGGCUACAACGUUUCCAGUUAUGUUCUAUGGACAGAAAUUACCCAAUGAACUGGCCAUACUGAAAAUUUCUUUGGCAAAACUACAUGUUAAUUUACUACAGCAUUAUCCAGAUCUGUCAACACUGAAACACAUUAAGGACUUCCAACGACUAGUGACGGCUCAGCCAUUGGACUUGAAGUUAUUCUUACCCUCCUUACCAGUUGGUAUGAACCUGUUACCCAUGAUAAUCGGAUUAGUAAUUAGCAAUCUUGUUGUCAUUUUACAACUAAACCAUGUCGUGUGA